UUGUAUAAUUGUAUUGUAUAAUCUUUUGAAGCACUUUGGAAAGUUUUUGAAACAAUUCCAACAAUUUUCUAUUUAUUCACAUAUACUCAUCUCUCAUAUUUCUUCUGCGAAAAUAAUAAUAAUAAUAAUAAUUUCUGCUAUAUUUUCACACAUCAACUUUCUUAUAAUAAGAAACUUCGUCGUCGUAAUAAGAAACUGAUUAAAAACCUGUCUCUAAAGCCGCAAAAGAUUCAUAUUACUAUGAGUGCUUUUUAAUUACAAUUAUUCGUCUUGCAAAACGUGAAAUUUCAUUCUAUAUAUAUGUGUGAGACGAGAGCACGUUAUUCGAGAAGGUCUCGCGAGCAGCGUGUCGCGGAAGUGAAAUAAUAAAUAUAAAAUGGGUCGAACGGUGCACAGACCCUCAACUAAGUAUUUGUGUCUGUGGGAUACAAUACAAUGACAAUCUGAUUUUAAACUCCCAACUCAACGGCCAUUUAUAUAUUAGAUCGAGUGUCUCUGAUGACGUGGGACAUGUGAGGUUUAUUUGCCGCUUGAUAGUCAUUCAUAAAUCAAGAUAAAAAAAAUAUUCCAAAAUACAGUUGUAAAAUGUGGUUAAUAUGAUUGUGGAAAAAUUUUUAACUCAUGAACAUUAAGAGUGUGUUCAUAGUUGGACGAAGUUACAUUGUGCUUAGAGUGUGAAGUUGUUAAGUAAUCGUCAACAGUCGAUGAAGCAUUAAUAAUCCGUUAAAAACCAUUCAAACCAUUCAAAAUUGAUAAUCCGUUAAAAAUCGGUAAUAAUUAAUAAUCAGUUAAAAACCAUUCGAACUAUUCCGAAUUAGGUAAUAAUCCGUUAAAAAUCAUUCAAACCGUUCAGAAUUAAUAAUCCGUUAAAAACUAUUCAAACCGUUCAGAAUUAAUAAUCCGUUAAAAACUAUGCAAACCGUUCAGAAUUAAUAAUCUGUUAAAAACCAUUCAUAAUUGAUAAAUCCGUUAAAAAACACUAAUGAUAAUAAAAUAAAGUGAGUGAUAAUCCGUUAAUUCAGAAUUAAUAAUCCGUUAAAAAACAUUAAUGACAAUAAAAUAAAGUGAGUGAUAAUCCGUUAAUUCAGAAUUAAUAAUCCGUUAAAAAACAUUAAUGACAAUAAAAUAAAGUGAGUGAUAAUCCGUUAAAAACCAUUCCAACUAUUCAGAAUUAAUAAUCCGUUAAAAACCAUUCAAACAAUUCAGAAUUGAUAAUCCGUUAAAAAACAUUAAUGAUAAUAAAAUAAAGUGAGUGAUAAUCCGUUAAAAACCAUUAAUGAUAAUAAAAUAAGGUCAGUGACAAACUUUGUGAUCAGUUGUAGUGCUGCAUGUACAAAAAUGCUGGAACAAAAUUUACGAAUGAUCCUGGUGCUCCUGGUGAUUUUCAUAGCCACCGGAAGAUCAUCAACGGAAUUCACAUCCAAGGCGAAGGAAAAGUUUCGAAUUCUAGGCGUGUUUCAUCAUCCAGGAAAAAGUCAUUUUGAUGUUUUUAAACCACUUUUGGAGGAAUUGGCAAGACGUGGUCACGAUGUGACAGUUCUGUCAUUUUUCCCAAGAAAAGUAAAUGACACGGGAGUCGAAGUACUGCCGAAUUAUAAAGAUAUAAGUCUACUUGGUUCGGUGGAUGUUUGGGUGAAUGUUGUUCAUUUGGAAACAAUGAGCUAUUCAUUCAUGAACCAUAUUAUCGAAUUACCAAAACUUCGCGAAUGGGGUUUGGAACAUUGCGAGGCAAUUUUUAAGCUGGCGAAUGUGAAAAAAUUAAUAAAUUCAAAGGAAAAGUACGAUCUCAUUUUGACGGAGAAUUUUAAUAGUGAUUGUUUUCUAGGAUUUGUUCAUAGAUUUCAAGCGCCUUUUAUUGCCAUGACUUCGCAUCAGAUAAUGCCAUGGGGUUAUGAACGAAUGGGUAGUCCGGAUAAUCCGAGUUAUGUGCCUUGUACAUUUUUGGGUUUUUCGUCGAGAAUGAAUUUUAAGGAGAGAGUUAUUAAUACGGUUUUCACGAGUGUUGCUAAAUUGACAUUUAACACGGCCUAUCAAUGGUCAACGCAGAAAAUUGUUAAUGAUGCAUUUGGACCAAAUGUUCCGCCUUUGGAUGAAAUAGCAAGGCAGACGGCGGCUUAUUUACAUAAUACACAUUAUUCGUUGCAUGGAGCGAAACCGGUUGCUGGGAACUUGGUGGAAAUCGGUGGUAUUCAUAUUGGAAAAGCAAAAGCAUUGCCUGGGGAUAUCAAGAGAUUUCUGGACGAUGCGAAUGAUGGGGCUCUUUUGUUUAGUUGGGGUUCAAUGGUCAAGGCAUCUAGUUUACCGGAAGAGAAGCUGAUGGCUAUUCUCAAGGUACUUGGGAAUAUACCGAGGAGAGUCAUCUGGAAAUGGGAAACCAAUCAACUGCCGAUGAAACCGAAGAAUGUUAUGAUUACGAAAUGGUUGCCGCAGUUUGACGUCAUGAAUCAUCCAAACGUUAAGGCAUACCUGAGUCAUGGAGGACUUUUGGGUUUAACUGAAGGUGUUUACGUGGGUUUACCAAUGGUUAUAGUUCCUAUGUAUGGAGAUCAGUUUCAUAAUGCAGCAGCAGCUGCUGCCAGGGGUGCUGCAGUGAUCGUGAGAUACGACGAGCUUGAUGAGAUAACCCUCAAGAGUGCCCUUGAUAAAGUGUUCAACGAUACUAGGUAAUUCCCCUUUCAUAUACACGAUACUAAGGGUUCAUUCCAUCAUCCUCAG